GAAUAAGGAGACUAGAGGGACCGUCUUAUUGCUCUGCUUUGUUACUUUACUAGCUAGAUGAUUGAGCAGAGCGCCUAGGAGAACGUCAGCUUCUCAGCCUUGGGCUACCUUGUCAUUAUUCGGUCAUUAUCCAUUCAACUUCUAUUCUCCUGGGAACAUUCGCCAUCAUCCGAAGAAAGUAGGAAGUUCCCAUAACUGGCCUGCAAACAGUCCUAUUGUGCACUGCCCGAGUAAUCUACCUCAUCCGCCCACUAGGUACCCAUUUGUCUUUGCAAUUAUUGUACGUUAGUCUCGUGCCGCAGCAAACUAUAUGGCCCUUGGACGUCUUUAGCCCCAUGAAUACCCAGGCCUUUGAAUUACACCAUUCAGUCAUUCAAACAAAUUUGCAGCUUUUCAAUGUGAAUCAUCCCUCUUUGAUUGAUCAUAUUUGAUUCAUCAGGGUUUGACCUUUGUUAUACGAUGACCGUUAUGACACAAGACUUUUGAAACAUAAGGUUACUUAGUUUCUUCCCACAUCGUUUUCAGAAUGGAUUCUUCUACUUUAUACAUCCCCAAAAUCCACAAUAUUCUAUACCAUAUCACACCAAAGCUGGGAACCUUCUUUCAAAAACACAAUAUGACUGUUCUAAAAAGUCAUAACUCUAUUCCGAAUGGUCUCAACAACAUAGAGACGGGGGUCUAUCAGAAAAUCAUAGAUGCUGUCAGUACCUUGCGUAAACAAAACUUUGACAUCCCUCACGUCGUUGUCAUCACAGAUGUCGGCAAAGACUAUGAUGAUCUUGCAGCUAUGAUUCUUUUGAAGGAACUUCAUCGUCUUGGUGCUAUAAAACUCGAAGGUUUUAUAGCUAACCUACUACCGGAAGACGCAAGGGCACACCUCGCACGCCAAUCUCUCGAUCUUCUAGGUCUUGAGGAUAUACCUGUUGGACAAGGCACCAGAGGCACUGAAAAAAACAUUUCUCCAGAUUUAUAUGAAUUUCCUGUAAGCGUCAUGGGGGAAAAGCCUUAUCCAAAGCAAUCUAGCGGCCUAGAUCUUUUGCAGCAGCUCAAGAAUAACGCCGAGAGAGACAAUUACAAGUUAACAUUCUUGCUUAUAUCUUCUUUACAAGACAUUUCUGAGUUUGAACGAUCAUUACGGCCAAAGGAUUCCUCACAAAUUCACCCCUUGAAGCAUGUGAUAGCCAAGGUUGUCUUACAAGGUAACUACAGACUCGAUCAAGCCAGAGAUGACACCAAAGAGCUCGCAAGCCACAGUAUCCUAAAGGCUGACCAAGGGGCUGCCAACAAUGACUUUCAUUGGUUAUCUGCGCAAGGAUUCCAUUCAUUUCUGGAUCGAGAAGAAAUCCCUUCAGUGGUGUACAACAAGAUCGCAGCCUAUGGCACACCAUUAAGACCUACUAUAUUUUCAGAAAUGGCCGAAACUGGACAAACUUUGGGAAUCGCUUUGAGAGAUAUAGAAGCACCCCAAAAUAUACUCUACUACAAAGGCGCCUGUAGGAUGAUCAAUGGGAAGUCUGCUCCAAUUAUGAAGGGUCGCGACCAGCAGUGGUUCUUACUGAGAAGAACCACUUAUUUCGACACGAGAGAACGCGAAAUGAACCCCGAAUUGCUUCCGGAUCCAGAGAGUGAAGAAAUUGUGGAGUAUUGCAAAGUUAUAGUCUAUGAUGUGCUAGCUGCUCUAGGCACAUGUCCUGAGGCUAUCUUGGAUGCGUUAGAUGUUCUUCAAACUCCCGAUUAUGAGAGACAACCGGAUCACAACAAGCUACAUCGUGUUGUGGGUAUCACUCCGAAGAUGAAUUCAGAUACUGCUACCCAGGAAGAACUUGAUGCGGCGGCUCAAUUGGAUGAAGGCGAAGAGAACCCAUUCAAGUCUCCAGCAAGUACCAAUGCAGAGACCAUGAAGAAUGUGAUUGAGGCGCUGCUAAGAGGAGCUUUGUUGGAUUGUAAAGCUAAAGGUAUCGGACAAGCAAAGGUUAAGGAUAGGUGAGAAGGAAAGCGAUAUGACGUUCCAUGAAUCUACGCUUGAUUUUUGGACUAGGGAGAAUAUUGGAGUUCAAGGUUUGGGAACUGGAGGUCAGAAAUUGGGAGUUCGAGAUUCAAUUUAAAUCAUUUUGAUGGCGUCCUUCCAUUCUUCAAGUGGCACCUUGCACAUCUUAUUAUUCGAGUACGAUGAGUUUAUAUGGUUGCACUCCAUAUGUUCAAACCAAAUUAAGACACUCAUAUAUGUACAAAUACUUUGCUGGCGAGUGUUCACUUCCGGCGAGAAAUGGUUUUCAGUUAUCAAGACAAAAUAGGGGUGGGUAAGCUAAAGUCAAAUUUAGUAAGACUUAUCUGGGUGGAAAUCUCCCUUGAGUUAGUUGGGCUAGAUAUAACUGUCUAUUACACGUGGAAAUGGGAGGGUAGGGCACUGAAAGCCAAGCCGACAAUCUUAUUCAUGAAUUUGAUCUGGCUCGGAAACCACUACCUUUCGGUAUCUUCCAUAGCGUUGUGCAUCAAUAGGGGAAUAUUACAGAAUUUUCCUAAAAUCAAUGAAGCAUGCAUUAACAUUGAAUUGUAUAGUAAUAAUCUAUAUCAAUUUCGAAAGUCA